AUGUCGGACUACUUUCCCGAAGAGGUAUUGAUCGAAAUUCUCUCCAGAUUACCUGUAGAAUCUCUGCUUCGAUUCACUUGUGUGUCGAAACCAUGGCGAUCUCUCAUCACCAGUCCUAGUUUUAUCAAUACCCACCUCAACAAGUCCACCAACAACACUCUUACUCACUUGCUUCUACUCAAAUACACUUGUCUCAAUCCCAAUCAAGAACACUACUCAUUGCGUUUCGAUAACAAAACCUUCAACCACUACGCCCAAUUCACUUCUCCAUUCAAAACCCACUUCUAUUUCAGGGUUGUUGGUACUUGUAAUGGCUUGGUUUGUCUCUCCGACGAUCGGUUUGGUGACAAACAAAAUAUAAUCCUUUGGAACCCUAUGAUUCGAAGGUAUGUGGCCCUUCCAAAACCCAGUCUUUCUCUCGAUUCCUAUAGUCCUUACAUGUCUGUUCUAUUUGGCUUCGAUUUGCGAACCAAUGACUAUAAGGUAGUUAGAAUUUCUCACUUUGAGAGGCGAAAAAAUGCAAUUCCUCUUCCUAAAGUUAAGGUUUACUCGCUUAAAAUCGGUUCUUGGAAAGCCCUGACUUGUCGUGAUCCUUCAUAUAAUAUGGUUGAGAAUUUCUGGGAACAUAUUGAGCUCCCGGAAAUAGUGGCUCCUACUUUCCCGUUGCAAUUGGGAGUUCAUUUAGUAGGGACUAUGAUCGCGGUGAGUUUUAUUGAUAAUAGUGCAAACCGUAAAUGUGUUUCCAUAUGGGUGAUGAAAGACUAUGGUGUUGUGGAGUCCUGGACGAAGCAAUAUAAUGUUGACUUAAUGCUGGUGUUUGGGACUAUGAUCGCGGUGAGUUUUAUUGAUAAUAGUGCAAACCGUAAAUGUGUUUCCAUAUGGGUGAUGAAAGACUAUGGUGUUGUGGAGUCGUGGACGAAGCAAUAUAAUGUUGACUUAAUGCUGGUGUUUGGUUUUAGGGAGAGUGGCGAAUUGCUUAUGGGCACUAGAGGUGGAGAUAUGGUUUCGUAUCAGCUUGAGAGCAAGCGCAUUGAGAAACAUGGUUUGCAUGGUGUCAAAGGCUCAUUUUAUGCCACUCCUUAUGUGGAGAGCCUUGUUUUGCUCGAUAGAUCAAAUGGGGACUUGCAAGGGCAAGUGAACAUUGAUCCUAUUUUGCCUAAAGUUACAAAUGAGGAAGAAGUAGAUGAGAGCACACUCGAAAUAGUCUUGAAGAGGAAUUUUCUUUUUGCAGCUUCUUAUAUUGGUAGCCUGUUGGAGCUCCUACUUCGGAAUUAG